UGCACCCAUGAACAUAUUAUGAUCUUAAAUGUAAGGAUACAUCGCGCUCAUUGAGCUUCGCGAAGAAGCAGUUGACAGCAAAGCACUUUUCGUUGUGUGAAGAUGAUGCAUGAGAAGAAGUGGGCAAGCAGCAGUGCGGAAGUGCGGCAGUUCUACAGCCUGGAUUAGAACCAAAGGCAGUGAACCCAUCAAAUCUCUCAUGAACGAAGGAGACAUCCCUUUGUCUUGCUGUACCACAAAGAGAAGAAGGCACGACAACCAACAAUGGUAAAGUUCUUCUCUCAAUUUGACGAGGAGGAGGAGGACUAUCAAGAUGACUAUAGCGGUGGUGGUGGUGGGGGUCGGAAAAAGCUAUUGCAGCGGAUCCGAAAACGCAUGAGUAUCGUGAAUAAGCGAAGCGACGACGACGAUGAAGAGGACGAUGACUCGUACCGUCGCGAAGACGAUGAUGAUGAUGAAGAAGAAGAGCAGUAUGGAUUUUUGAAACGACAAUUAUUGAAGCGCCAAGAACAGCAAGAAAAAAGACGACAAGAGGCGCUACAACAACAAAAGGAAAAGGCCAAGCAACUGAAAAGUCGAUCGAAGGAAAAGAACAACAACAGCAAAAAGAAGAAGCAACAACAGCAAGAAUUGACUCGUCGCCGAUCAGUGCGUAGAGACCACGGGGAGAUGUCGCGGUUCAAGGGCAGCCGUACGCUUCGUCUGAGUGCAUUACGUGAUAGCGACAACGAAGAAGAUGAAGACGUCGCCAUGCCGCUUCCUGGUCAUGCUAUGGAAGACACGCCUGAUCUGGAAGUCCUCUUGGCGCCAAAAGAUGACGACAAGGACAAUGUCAAGAGAAAGUCUUCUAUCAGCGCUGGUGGAAAGAAGCGCCUCCUUUUUGGCUCUCUGUCCACAAAAAGGAGCAGCUCAGGCAACGAUAGCAGCAACAGCAAAAACAACGACAAAAGCGGCAAUAGCAGCAAAAGCAAAUCCGGAGGAAGUAGCGUCGGAUCUCGAAGACGAAAAAAGAGACAGUCAUCGGAUCGCUCGGUUGAUACGCCGCCGUCUGUCGCAUCCACUGAAAGUUCCAUCGACAACAUGAAGCCGACGCAGCGAAAGGGAGGCCAUCCUGGUGGACCCAAGUCUGUCUCGAGAAGAGGAGUUCCUGCUGGCAAGAAUUCCAAAAAAUUAGACGGGGAAAACGGAGCUGGGAUGGAAGCUGCGAGUCUUGAUUACUACUAUCUAUCGAUCCCAUGGAUUAUCAAGACUUGGAGCUACUUCUUGACCGUGGUGGUCCCAUUUACAAUCCUCUACUACUGCUUUUGUGGAAUCUUUCAUUCCUCGGCCCUUCACCAAAAUGUUUUCUUGCAAAAGGUUUGCGUUGCCAACGUCCUGUUCAAUGGAUUGGGGUGUACCUGGAGAACUGGAUUCUGGGCAAGACAAGCCUUGGAUGCUCGUGGGAUCCAUGCGGUACUCCCACGAGACAACCAACCGCCCGCACCACCGCUCACAUCCAAGGGCACUGGGUCGAGUAUCAAAAAGAGAUUACCGGGACGUAAUCGAAGUGGAAAAAGUAGGGACGGAAGGAACCCAGGGAGUAUCAUUGGUAAUAUUCCCUUGCCAAGAAGUCCCACGCUGAAAAUGCCCCACAGAAUAAGAAGGAAAACAAUCCCAGGCGGAGCUGAUCCCGAAGCCACGGUUCCCAGCAACAACGCAACAACAAUAGCAGCAUCUUCCCCGGAUCAAAGUACAUCACACAAGUCAUUGGGAAAUGAGAGUACUCGGUCCGGGGUCAGGGCGAGAAGUAGUGCAGCAGCAAGGAGACCGAGCGGCAGGUCUGCGAAGCGCACUCUCAUGACGGAUGACAGUGACAGAAUGGGGGAAAGCAGCAGGAGUCAAGGACAAAUGGAGCAGAGCCGCUUGGGGAACAGCAGCGGCACCUUGGUGCAAAGUGUUUGGGACGUGGAACACAUGAUCCCCUUUGCAAGACCAAAAUCAACCAAAAAAAGACCAACGAUGGACAAGCACACGUCCAUUAUGGAAAUCUACGAACUUCAUGCCAAAGACGAAAAGAACAUUCUGCUGCAAUAGACAAUGUAUGCGUGGUACACUUUUAAAGAAUUCCGUGCCAACGAAAAGAAUGCCAAAAGUCUCUGCAGCAGGUAGAAUUGCGACCUCGGGUUGUCAGGGCGCGAAGCAAACCAAUCUACAUUUUGAAUUUUCAUUUACGGAACAACUUUGACCAAAGGUACGGUGCUGUUCAAGAUAGAUUGUUACAGACAUCAAAUGAAUGGUGGUACUUGAUUAAGUGCGACGGGAAUGGGAGCACAUUAGGUCUUGUACUGGAAGUCCUUUGUUUCUUUAUAUUGUUGCGGAAUUGCAUCGUCCUCCAGUGUUGUGGGGACGCUUUUAUAUUUCUCUAGAUGCGCACAACUAGGAAUAUUUCACGCAAAACGCAUGACUUUACUACCGGUAACUAGCAGACCCUACGUACUAGGAAAACGAUCCCGAGCCCCUAUCUGCGACCACGCCGGCACUUCGCUAGGUGGCAAAAGAGAGAAUUUCCGAUUAAUGAAAGUGCUGAGCCAGAAGGGAGUGGGCUGCUACGCUGGGCAAGGAUUGUCAUGUUUCCUCCUGGAAAAAGAUAGGUUUGGCCAAGACGAGACGCGGCUCGGCUACUAGCUAGAAAGAAUCGAAUCGAAUCUGCAGAUGGCCAAGUGCCCCAAAACACACUGUGACAACGAAGUCGAGUUUUCCGUGCUUUCUUCUUGCUAGCUACUGCGGUGAAUCCAGAGAUGGCUACCAAUACCGGUAUGUUGCCACUGGUGUUGUAUACCGGUACUCACGAGCGGGGCUUUUGUGUAGAUCGCCAUGAUCGCUUUAUCGAACUUUAGCUAUUGUUCUUCCUAAUCAAGUCAGGAAUGCAAGUUGAAACAAUCAACUACUGGUCGCAAAGGUUUCAUAGGAUGGCAAUCUCCGUUCUGAUAUUUUGCUGCAGGCAGGGAUUCUGUUGGCUCUUGAGUUGUAGCGGUUUCUAAAUACUGCAUUGCAUGGCUGGCUAUCUGCGUAUCCGUUAUAAGGCAUCAAUCAGAGUUAGUUGUUGUGCGUUCCUGCAACGACAUCAUUUCUCAGUUGCCAGAAGAUCAAUGAUAGCAAGCUGCUCCCAUUGCGCCACGCCCUCUGUUGUGGGUGGAUCUGUUCUCCAAACAGCCACUUGAUUGGCUCGAAAUGAAACUUGAUCGACCUUCCCUGGUGUCCACAACAAUAAUUGUUGCUUGACUUGAUCGGGAGAAGGAGCAUUCUGCUCUGUUCCAUAGUAGAGACUCAAAUGAGGCCGCCUCAAAGGCGGAGGAUACCAAUUUUCUUUGGUGGAUCCCUUGUCGUCUUUUUGGAGGACAUUAUUUGCCAUCAAAUAAUCUCGGCACACUUCGACCAAAUUGGAAAACUCACUACAGGAUUCUUCGUCCAUGACCAAAACACAAGCUUGGUUCCACUUUGCUUCCAUCACGGGUUCUGCUUCAAAUUGGCAGGGGAUCGGUCCCAUUUUGGCAAGGUUCUCUCGCAGUUUCGGUAGUAUGUUCAGUUGGAAAAACUCGAGGGAGGGACAUUGGAUUCCUCCCAUGAGUGUGAUAUGUGGCUGAAAUGGAACACUGGCUGAUGGGAGUUGGGAAAAGGACUGGAUCGCCUUGUUCAAGGUUUCUCGAGCAGGAUCUUGAGGUGAUGGGAGCAGCCAAAGGGAAAGGCUGCAGUUUUCAUCAUCACCGGACUUUGCGGUUGUAGUAGUGCUGUCGGCCAUGGCGUCCUUGGCAGUCAUGGAGAAUGAUGUGCUGAACGGAGAGGUCGAGAGUGAUUCUCUUGAUGCUGAAUGGCGUUCGAUAAAAGGAAACGAAAAGCAACUUGACAAUCCUAGGAGGACCAACCACAGUGCCAACCCCAACAAGCGGAUGCCGACCAUCGUUGAUUGGCAUGGCGGUUUGCUGUUUGCAGCACCUUUCGGCCUCUCAUCGUCUCGUGUCGUCUCGGGGUUUCAGUCACUAACUUAACACAUCCGGGAAUCAUAUCUUUUCUUUCUUCCCGUUGUCUAUAAAUCGUCCUUGAAGAGACGAUUUAAAGGCUGCUUAAAGCUUUAAAGGACAUUUUUGAGAGAGGAUUUAAGAGGUAUCUCGGAAGCAGAUCCUCGCA